AUGCCCAACACAAGACUAGUCUCCCGCCCGGCCGACAGUCAAGAUUUCUCCUGUCUGUCCAGCGGUCAGAUGGGCAGCGAUUAUGUCGACGAGAUGAUCUGCUCUCGAUCAGACUCUAGAAGACGAUUGAACAGAAGUCAGAGGCAACCGGAGGAUGCGGGAACUGCCAGAGAAAACGGAGGAGAGGAGGUGAUGGAGUCAGAGGAGGAUGAAGAGGAGGAAGACGAGGAAGAUGAGGAGGAAGAUGAUGAUGAAGAGGAGGAUGAUGAUGAAGAGGAGGAGGAGGAAUGUGAGGAGAGCCUAGAAGUGGACAAUGAAGCGGAAGGGGUUGACGAAGAAAUGCGAGGCAGCAAAGGUCCUGCGAGAUAUGAGCCGAUUUGCUCCGUCUCCACGACCUCCAUUGAUCUCUCCUCAUCGACAGCCAGUUUACUGGCGAAAAACCGAUUUCUUGCCGAUCAAACAACUUCUCAGUCGCCAACAAAGCAUCCAACCCCGCCGCUAACCAUAGCCAUACCGUCAACUGGGCUUUUUAUCCCCUCUAUCUCCGUUUCCGCUGGUACUGAUCAGGUCGCUGAACAGUCGACCGGUCAAAACCAUUCGCAGCCUCAGCAUUCACACAUUCUUGCGUCCCAGACUCCCUUGUCACAGUCACUCGGGCUUGGGCUUCUCCAUCCGUCCAUACAACCCCAGAGUCAGCAACACUUGCAUCCCCCCCACGUCCAGCAUCACCACCAGCCAGCACAGUUGGCCACCGAGCUGAGGCAACAUCACCAGCCAGAACACCAUCUUCAACAGCAUCAGCAUCAUCAACAACAACAUCAGCACCAACAACAGCAACAGCAACUCCAGCAGCAACAACAACAACAGCAAAAACUGUCAUCAGCAGAUUCAGCACAGCAACACCAACAACAGCAGACAACGCAUCAUCACUUUCACCAGUCGGCCAAUGUCACUUCGACCGCUGUCAUGGUGGCAGCGGCAGCAGCGGCUGCGGCGGCAGCAGCAGCCUCGGCCAAACAGAAACGUCAUCGAACGCGAUUCACACCCGGACAGCUAAACGAGCUUGAACGAGCCUUCUCGAAGACUCACUAUCCGGACAUCUUCAUGCGUGAAGAGCUGGCUCUGAGAAUCGGCCUCACUGAGUCCAGAGUGCAGGUGAGUCACAGGCAAACAAAGGGGAUAGACACAGUUUUUUCCGUUUCACCUACACUACGCAGCCAGAGGUAUCCUAGCUGUAGUACAAUUCUGGUUAGUGUCUGGGAUCCUCAUUAA